GAGUGCCUCCGUUGCGACCCGGAAGGAAGCCUGGACUGAUCAGCUCAGCUGCUGCCCAGACCCCCCUCUGUGCCCAGCUGGGGAGGCCCCUGGGGCAGCCCCGGGCUCUGCCGACACCAGCCCCUGAGCCGGAGCCUGCAGGCUGCAGAAUAACAUCCGUGUUGUGCUCCACAUCACUUAAUUCUGCCAGGGGAAGGGAAAUGGCUGCAGUGGAGCUGGAACAGGAACUUGUGACCUUCAGAGAGGUGGCUGUGUAUUUCUCCAAGGAGGAAUGGGCUCUUCUGGACCCUGGUCAGAAAGCCCUCUACAGGGACGUCAUGCAGGACAAUUAUGAGACACUGAUCUCACUGGGAUUUGUGACUCCUAAACCUGACUUGAUCUCACACCUAGAACGAGGAGAGGUGUCAUGGGUCCUGGAUCUCCCGGGCUCUGAGAAAAGGGACAUGCUGACAGGAACCUACAUAGCAGGUGAUGGGACAGUGAAUAAGAACAAGGAGGAGAAUUCUCAGCAGGAAGGUCCUGAGCAAGUGGUUCCACAGGGGACGGUAUCAGGAAGAUCGGAAGGGGAUGUUUCCGAGACUUCUGAGCAGGGAGAAACCUGUCAGACACAGCUCAGGCCAGAGCGGCUGCAGAGAAACCUCUCUGGGGAGACACAGGGUAAAUCCAGUCACCGUGGGAGAAGUCUCAAAGGCAUCCCAAUCUGUCAGGCGACCCACUUGGGAAAGGGACCAAAGAUACUUGGUGACUCAGGGGAAAGCUACAAGAGCAUUUCACAUGUUAUUAGUCAGCAGAAAAUCGGCAGAGCAGGAAAAUCCAAGAAAUGCACUGACUGUGGAAAAAGUUUUGCUUAUAAAUCGGAACUUGAUAGACACAAUAGAAUCCACACCGGAGAUAAACCCUAUAAAUGCCUCAACUGUGGGAAAAGCUUCACUCUGAGCUCCACCCUGAUAAAACAUCAGAAAACUCACACGGGGGAGAGACCCUAUAAGUGUCCUAACUGUGGGAAAAGCUUCCGUCAGAGUUCGCACCUUGCUAGACAUGAGGGAACCCACAGGGAAGAAAAGCCCUUUAAAUGCCCUGACUGUGCAAAGUGUUUCAGUUGCACCGCAAACCUUCUUACCCAUCAGCGAAUCCAUACGGGAGAGAAGCCCUACAAGUGUCAACACUGUGGGAAAAGCUUCACACACCACUCAUACCUUCUGGGCCAUCAGAGAAUCCAUACAGGAGAAAAACCCUAUAAGUGUCGACACUGUGGGAAAAGCUUCACACACCGCUCAAACCUUAGUACACAUCAGAGAAUCCACACAGGAGAGCGACCUUGCAAACCUAAGGACUGUGGGAAAAGUUUCAGUAUGAGCUCAGAUGUUAUUGGCCAGUAAAAGCUGGAAGGGAGACUGGCGAGGGAUGGAAACCAUCUUCAACAAAGACUGUAUCUUGCUAGGUUAAGUUAUAGUCUUUUAGAUGAAUUUUCACUUUUAUUAGCUUAAGUAUCAGAAGGGUAACCGUGUUUGCUUUUUACAGAUUCAGACUAACACGGUUACCCUUCUGAUACUUAAGCUAAUAAAAGUGAAAAUUCAUCUAAAAGACUAAGCUUAUGCCACAGGACCCUCUAUUGCUUUUAUUUGCUUGUAACUGUUUCCGACUUUAUCCCGUUUACUUGGUAUCACUUAAUCUAUGUUCUUUUGUUAAGAAGUUUGUUUUGCUUUCAUUCUAAAUCAUCACUGUUGUGUAAGUUCAGUAAAGCGUGUGCUUCUAGAAAGCAGACAGGAUGGAGUGUUUUACUUGGCUUCUAAGGGCAGAGAACCUAACUCUUUCUGAGGGUUCAAUGGGAGGGACUGGCCCCUGCUGGAUGGUUUUGGGGUGAACUCAGGGCUGGAAGGGUACUGAGGUCAGUCUGCAAGGAAUAACUGGGUUGGGCAAAGCCAGGGUGAAGCUUAUGGGCUGUUGGCAGGCUGUUGAGAGGGGCAGAGCUCUGGACCAAAGCUACAGAACCACAAGACAUCCACGGUUACAAGGGAAACAGUGACUGAAUCCCUUACUGGCCUGGGUGAACUCCAAACCAUCAAACUUGGCAGCCCACUAUCCUCAAAAAAAUCUCCAUUCCCCAUGAAUAAGAUCAUUUCUCUGCUCAUGCACCUAAACACCCACUCUGGAAAAACCCAAAAAAGUACAUUUUGGGACUUGAUGAUCAAUAAAUGUAGACUGGCUGGCUGGCACCACACCUACGAAUACCAGCUGAGUCACAAAUCCUGGGGCAUCUCCAAGUGCUUCUUCAUUGACUCAGGUACAGUGGACAUCUUUAUCAAAACUGAAGCAACUUGGGCACUAUAGAUUCCUUUGUGGCUCAAGCCUGUUCUUGAUCUGGCAGAGGCAAUCACGUGGGGUUUCCAUGGAAACUGUUCCAAGAGUAUUGAGAGACCCAUACAUUCCCCCACGCUUCAGUGUGGUCCUUGGUAUUUCAUGGCUGGCCCUCCACAACUCCCUUAUCUGCUGGGCUGAACUAACAGUUGAAUUUUUCUCAGAAUUCUGCCCGCAGCACUGCUUGACCCCAGGAAAUAGGCAGUGGGCACUAGUUCCUCGGUGGUUGCAUGCCAGGGGUAGCUGGCCAGGCAGAGCUAUCCACUGAGUAUGGUCCUUGACUUCUGUCCAAAUACAGCAACUACAGUGAUGUGUUUUGAAAACAAACAGACACUGUGCCCAGUCACCCUACAACCAGGGGCAAACAUUCUGUUCUGACAUACAUAUAUGGUAUGUUUGAGCCAGAACUAGCUGUGCUGCGCAUCUAUUGUCUGGUGACCUCACAUAUGCUCCAUAUUGUGCCUUUGUGCCCACACCAAAAAGCUCCACAAUAAACCUAUCAGACAUCUGCAACCCCUCAAGACUUCACCUGGCAUAGUUACUGCUUUCGAUUUUGUUAUAGAACUACUUGAUCCAAUGGGUUCACAAUGGGUGGAUGUUUUGCUGGCUUCCAAAUUAAUUAAAUAUGAAUGCAUUUGUAAAACGGGGAAAAUGUUGUAUGAUUUUCCUUGAAACCCUGACUGUUUGGUUAUAUUUAGGCUUGAAAGAAUUAGAUUUUUAUCGAUAAAUGUCAAUAACCAUCAAUUUUGCUUUACAGACAAGCCAAAAAUAAAACAUUUCCAUCCAUAAUCUUCUAAAUUUAUAGAUAGGCAAAGUAAGAAAAAUACUGCUUGAGAACUUAUUAGAGUUUGAUUUAAGGCAAUUUUCUUUGUAUAUUUUGACAUGUGAUGUUGCAAAGUUGUGUUUCAAUGCUUAUAAAAAAAAUUUUUUGAAUCACAUCUGUCAUUAAGAAAAAACUAUUAUCUGACUCCCCUCCAACUUCCCACAACUCUGAAAAAUUAAAUAAAUAUGCUUAAAAUCAAUAUUGGUUCAAAUUAUAAAAAUAAAACUUGAAUUC